GUCCGAGAGCGAGCGGCGCAGAGACGAGCGGACAGUGUGGAGGUCUCACGUCGCGCACGCAGCACACGGACAUUCUGCGACGUUCAGCGCGAAGGCGGCAACGGCACGUUGAGCGCAGCGAGUUUGAUCAGGGCGACGAACAUUUCAUCGAGCUACUCGUUUCUGUAACUCGGGGGGCGGGGGGGGAAGUUGUAAGUCGGGCUCGGAGGGACCCACCUCGGUGUGCGCGCACAGUGCAGGCGGUGGUCGGCGGUUGGUUCUGCAGGAAUGUCGCAGAAGGAGAGACCCGUGUUCUACCGACAGGAGGUCAACAAGACGAUAUGGGAGGUCCCGGAGCGGUACCAGAACCUGUCCCCGGUGGGCUCCGGCGCCUACGGAUCCGUGUGUUCUGCAUAUGAUAUGAAGAGUGGUUUGAAGAUCGCCGUGAAGAAGCUCUCCCGGCCGUUUCAGUCCAUCAUCCAUGCCAAGAGAACAUACAGAGAGCUGCGGUUGCUUAAGCACAUGAAACAUGAAAAUGUCAUUGGCCUCCUAGAUGCCUUUUCCCCGGCUACUUCUCUGAAGGAAUUCACCGAUGUGUAUCUCGUGACUCACCUGAUGGGGGCAGAUCUCAAUAACAUAGUGAAAUGUCAGAAGCUCACAGAUGACCACGUACAGUUCCUCAUAUACCAGAUCCUCCGAGGGUUAAAGUAUAUCCACUCAGCAGACAUCAUUCAUAGGGAUUUGAAGCCUAGUAACCUGGCAGUGAAUGAAGACUGUGAGCUGAAGGUCAGUGAACUGCUGCUGUCAUUUCAAACAACAGUUAAAUCUGAAUCCAACCACAAAUGUGAAUAUUUGCAAACAACUCUGCUUUUUUUCUUCUUUUCUUUUUCGCCGCUACACUUCUCUCAGAUUUUGGACUUUGGUUUGGCACGGCACACUGAUGAUGAGAUGACCGGGUACGUGGCCACCCGCUGGUAUCGAGCCCCAGAGAUCAUGUUGAACUGGAUGCAUUACAACAUGACAGUGGAUAUUUGGUCAGUGGGAUGUAUAAUGGCAGAACUCCUCACUGGACGAACCCUGUUUCCUGGUACUGACCACAUUGAUCAGUUGAAGCUAAUCUUGAUGCUCGUCGGAACACCAGAGCCCGAGCUCUUGAUGAAAAUAUCUUCAGAGUGUGCCAGGAACUACAUCAGCUCCUUGCCAAACAUGCCUAAGAGGAACUUUGCUGACGUUUUCAUUGGUGCCAACCCACAAGCUGUGGACCUUUUGGAGAAAAUGCUGGUUCUGGAUACGGACAAGCGAAUAACAGCAGCCGAGGCUCUGGCCCACUCGUACUUCGCUCAGUACCACGACCCAGACGACGAGCCUGAGGCUGAGCCUUAUGACCAGAGCUUUGAGAGCCGCGAGCUGGAGAUUGAAGAAUGGAAACGAUUAACCUACGAGGAGGUGAGCAACUUUGAGCCGCCCGUCUUCGAUGAGGAUGACAUGGAGUAGUGAGACGUGCCACCCGCAACCUCAGCAUCCAACAAAUUUGUAACAACCUCAAACAUGUGCAUUAGUGUUAAGCGAACUCUCAGACACUUGUAUUAGUGUGUUAAUCUUUAUUGAUCAGGAAAACAUUGUCCAUGAUUAGCCUUUGGAAGGAGAUCAUUGCCAGCGCAGGGAAAGCAAUAACUCGACCAGUUAUUAUGAUUCCCAAUCUUGAACCACUUAAGGUCUGAUGCUGGAAAAAGGCCCUUGUUGCCAAUAGGUGAGAUAAUUUUAUAUUCUUUAGAUAUUUGUAAAAUUUAGACUUUGAUGACUCAUCACUGUGACUCUGAGAUGCUGAAACACCUGGACCUACAGCUGUGCUAUUUUAUGUUUUAAAUUUUCUAUUGAGUAACUUAUGAAUAAGCUUUUGUAUCUAUCAAUCAAAAAAAAGAAUAUCAUGCUGGUCUGCCCACUCCCACUUCCACACUGUCACAUAUAGCACCAGGUCACAUGUAUUUGUAACAUGAGUUUUGGAUCAGUUAUCGCCAUGAUUGUUAUUGUAUUUAAAGAGUUAACUUUGAAGGGUGUCACAUCUGUGACAGUAGAUUUUACAGUUUUUAAAUUUAUAGAUAUGUGACAAACUGAGAAUGUGCUUUUGUUUAGUCACUGUCCUUUUAGUGCUCACCAACUGAAUUACACACAUUUUAUUGUUCGUAGUUUAGACGCCCUGUGAGACAUUUAUGCAUAUUUUGGCUACACAGACUAUCUGAGCCUCCACUGUUAAAGGACGGUGCUCUUCAUUGUGGCACCUGAAAUAAGCAAAAUAAAUAUUUAUGGGUAUCUGCUCUACCCAAAAAUAUGUAAAUAUCUGUGCCAUAUUUUUUUUUAAACUCUGAUUUAUUGUGGUUCAAUCACUUUUAGCAUGUACAGUGCAUUAGUUAAAGACUUUGUGUGCGUCUGCGAGAGUGUGUUGUUGGUUUACAGGAAUUUUAAAUGUCAUGCUGAAACAUUUAAUAGAAAUACUGCUUAAAUGUGUAAAAGAGGGAUUAUAGAUGUAUUUAUACUUUGUGGAGGUGGUAUUUAUAAACAAUAAUCAAUUGAUCCCUUAAACUAUUUUCAGUCCAGCAGAGUAACUACUAUCUUCAGUCAUUUGUUUAACAAAAUAAAGACUUAUUUUUAAGACAAUAAA